CACAGGAAGCAUGGAUACAGGCUGCAGAGUCCUAGUGUCCGCAUUGGUUUGGGCGUUAUUCCUCUGCUUUACGAGAACAGAAACCAAUCUGGCCUUGAACAGGCCAACCUCAGUGAGUUCAUCGUAUAGCAACAAUGGUGGGAGCACUGGUAAUGAUGGGAACAGUAAUGGACACUUUGGCUCUGGAAGCUGUUUUGCCUCUCAGGACGCGGACAGCGACCCCUGGUGGCAGGUUGACUUGCAGGCUAACUUCAUUGUGAAGAAGAUCGAAAUCACAAACAGACAGGAAUGCUGCCCUGAGAGAUUGCACAGUAUUUCUCUGGAGCUUUUCGACGAGGAUCCAUCAGUUGAACCCUCGACCCCGGCCAAACUCUGCUACUUCAUCUCGGACAUCGUAACGUGGUCGACACUGACCAUAAGAUGUACAAGACCCGUGACUGGCAGGUAUCUCCGUCUCACCAAGACGAGCCAGCUAAAUCUUCACGAUUUGCUGCAAUUCUGCGAAGUGAAAGUGUAUGGAGGGCUAACAGAUGCCAACAGUUUGUGUGCAUCAUUUGUACAAACACAAGGAUCUCGCUACGACGGUGCCUCCAACAUUAUCCAAGGACCAGAGAUUAAUAGUUCAAUAGCAUGCGCCGUCACCUGUGAACGUCUAGAGACCUGCAUCGGCUUCAACAUCCGUUACAACCCGGAAGUCGCCUGCGUGCUCGUACAAAAUCCGGAUCUAACUCUUGUUCAGGACGCUGCUUGGGACUUCUAUUUGUACAAAUCCUGUGCAAGUCCAUGA